ACAGCUUCAGCCGGCGAACAUUUGUUUCCUUCUGCAGAGCAUCAACUUUGCAUCUUUAGGAUUCAGUGUUCAGGGACAAUUUCCAGCAAUGCCAAAGUUGUUUAAUGUGGCAGCAGACUGCAAGAGGAACGCAUGAAACGUCUGCACUCAUUCUAAAUGAUGCUGUGCGUCCUGGUGCUGUGGACGGGUGCGUUCUUACAGUUGGGUCAUGCAGAGAUGUACACCCAAUACUGGGCCGUAAGAGUAAGAGGAGGCCGUGAGGCUGCGGACAGGGUAGCAGAGAAAUAUGGAUUUACAAAUAUGGGUCAGAUCGGGGAGCUCAAGAAUUAUUACAGCUUUCGCCACCACCACACGGUGAAAAGGUCACCUGUGCCCAACAAAGAGGUCGCUGUGAGCGUCUCCAAGGAAACUGAGGUGGACUGGCUUCAGCAGCAGGUCAUCCAGACAAGAAUAAAAAGGAACUCUGUUCUCAUGUGGAACACCAAGCCCUUUCCCUCUUCCCAUCUUGGGUCCAGCCGCUCCGUGAUGAUGCACCUCAGUGACCUGAUGUGGAACCGCCUGUGGUAUAUGCGCUGCAGUGAUGAAUCGGAAGGCUGCCGCUCUCAUAUGAACAUAGUGGGGGCUUGGAGCAGAGGCUAUACCGGGGAGGGCGUGGUGCUGUCUGUCCUGGAUGACGGCAUUGAGAGAGAGCAUCCUGAUCUCAAGCCAAAUUAUGAUCCACUUGCCAGCUACGAUGUGAAUGGACAAGAUCAAGAUCCUUCUCCUCGUGAUUACACCAACUACCAUGGGACUCAGUGUGCGGGGAUGGUUGCUGCAGCAGCGACUAACCCGCAUUGCACAGUUGGCGUUUCUUCCCGUGCCAGAAUCGGCGGGAUCCGCAUGCUGGAUGGAGAUGUGACAGACAGUGUGGAGGCCCAGUCACUGAGCUUCAGACGCCAACACAUUGACAUCUAUUUAGCCAGCUGGGGGCCAAAGGAUGAUGGGAAAACUUUGGAGGGACCCGGUCCUCUGGCUCGUCUGGCUUUGCAGGAUGGCGUUAAAAAAGGCAGGAACGGGAGAGGCUCUAUAUUUGUCUGGGCAGCUGGGAAUGGAGGGCAAACAGGUGACCAUUGUUCCUGUGAUGGCUACAGCAGCAGUAUCUACACUAUCUCUAUCAGCAGCAGCAGCACACGGCGUGGAAGGCAGCCAGAUCACCUGGAACCGUGUUCGUCCACGCUGGCCACAGCUAACACCGGUGGGGAGGCAGACAAGAUGGUUGUCUUGGGUCCAAAGCAGAGCUGCAGCAGUGCUCCGUCCGGGACCUCCUUCUCCUCCUCUGCAGCUGCAGGUGUCAUCGCUCUCACGUUGCACGCCAACCCCUCACUAACCUGGAGGGACAUGCAGCACAUUAUUGCACGAACAGCACAAUCUCAUCAUCUUAUUGCACCUGAUUGGCACUUAAACGGCGCUGGAUACAACGUGAGCCACCUGUACGGCUUUGGCCUGCUGGAUGCUGAGAGGAUGGUCAAGGAGGCUGAGCAAUGGAAGGAGGUUCCAUCACAACGCGUUUGUGAGGAGGAGGUUCCCACACAACACAGCCGAAUGAUUCAUCCAGGUUCGACGCUGACGUAUGUGCACAAGACCACCGGUUGCUCCAACAACCCUCUGCAUCAUGUUGUUUUUGUGGAGCACGUUAUUGUCCAUCUUGCCAUCAUUCAUCAUCGUCGUGGCGACCUUUCCAUUACACUCACGUCACCUUCAGGCACCGUGUCCCAGCUGCUCACCAACAGGCCUCUUGACAGCUCCACGGAGGGAUUCCGGAACUGGGAAUUCAUGACCAUCCAUUGCUGGGGUGAGCAAGCAGCAGGGGAAUGGACUUUGAAAAUCCAUGAUACGGCGUCUCAGAAGCGAAGCGUCGCUGAACGAGAGAUGCUGAAGCAGUGGUCCCUGGUGAUUUACGGCACCACACACCAUCCGGAUCCCAUGCACAGACGGCGGGCUCGAUCAGCUAACACGCCAAUGGAUAAUGAUGUCACCAAAGAAUACAGUGGGCCCUGUGACCCAGAAUGCGGUGACGAGGGGUGCGAGGGGCCCAGCCCCCAGCACUGUUUCAUGUGCUUACACUUUUUUCUCAAGUUCAAGAACAACACAAGGAUGUGUGUAUCAGAGUGCCCCAGGGGAUUCUGGGAAGACCGACGGCGUUGUAAGAGGUGUUUCUCCUCCUGUGAGAGCUGCACUGGGAGUCGCAGUGACCAGUGCACUUCCUGUCAACCUGGUCAUCACCUGACUGAAGGGGCAGGUACCUGCACGGCAACCUGUGAGGACAGCUACUACCUCGACCACGACGCUAACAUUUGCAGAAAGUGCACCGAAAACUGCUUGAAGUGCACCUCCUACAGCAUCUGCACGGAAUGCAAACCAGACGCAAGCCUGCAGGGGAACCGGUGUCAGCGGAGCUGCGCAGUGGGAUUCUACCACGAUGAGCAGGAAGACACGUGCAAGCCCUGUCACAAGGCCUGUGCCACUUGUGCAGGUGCAGGUGCAGAGGCAUGUAAGCACUGUGCAGAAGGCUACCUGAUGGAGGAGUGGAGGUGUGUGCCAUCCUGUAGCGCUGGCUUCUAUGCCACACCGCCAAACUCAGAGAUAGCUGACGGGCACAGGAUGUGUAGGAGGUGUGACGCCAGCUGUCUCACCUGUAUGGGACCGAGUCGGGAUAACUGCAGCAGCUGUUCGGGUGGUCACAGCCUGCAGGAGGGAGUGUGCGUUGUUAACACCGUGUGCACGGACGGAGAGUACCAGGACAGUAACGGGAAGUGCCUCACGUGUGAUGCAACAUGUCUGAGGUGCAGAGGGCCACAAAGCAAAGAAUGCAUCAGCUGUGUUUCUUCACAGAUUCUAGAUGAGGGGCACUGUGUGGCAGAAUGUACUGAAGGCAAGUACCAGUCAGGUGGACAGUGUCACCUGUGUGACCACACGUGUGCCUCCUGCACAGAUGCUGGUCCAACCACAUGCACCAGCUGUGACACUGAUAAAUUUGGAAUAGAGAGAUAUCUGUAUAACGGUGUGUGUGUGGACACCUGUCCUGAGGGAUUCUACCACACCAAGGAGCGGAGCUGUGAGUCCUGCUCCAACUACUGUUCGCUCUGCACUAGCUCCUCCCACUGCCUCAGGUGUAACUCCUCCUACUACGUCUCAGAUGGUGUCUGUGCCAAGCUGGAGUGUGGUGAAGGAGAGGUGGAGGAUCCGGAUUACGAUGAGUGCAUGACCUGUGAGGAGGGCUGCAGAAAGUGUGUGUUGUAUAACCCCAGGCACUGCCUGUCCUGCACUGAGGGCUUUUACAAUUUUCAAGACGGUUGCUUCAAAACCUGCCCGGCGAAGACGUACAGCGUGGACGAGGAGAUGACCUGCGUCUCGUGUGAUGAGGACUGUAUGAGCUGUGAUGAAGAUGAGUGCUACUGGUGUGAGACCGACCUCUUCCUGGCAGAUGGCAGGUGUGUCGCAGAAUGUCUCGAUGGUUUCUAUGGUGACGAAGACACCAAUGAAUGCGAAGAGUGUCACCCGGACUGUGCGACAUGUAGCGGGCCGGAGGACGGUGACUGUCUGUCUUGUGAGGAUGAGAAGAUGCUUCAGGAUGGAGAGUGUGUUUCUGACCGUGAGGUCUGUCCCAUUAAGACCUUUCGCAGCGAUGACGGGGAGUGUGCUGACUGCCACCCGACCUGUGAGUUGUGUUCUGGAGAGGAGAAGAGCCAGUGUACGGCGUGUGCAGGAGGCCGCUUCCUGACCACACAGCAGACGUGUGUGCCAAAGUGCCCGCUGGGCUUCUUUGGCAGUCGGCAGAGCGGUGUGUGCGAGGCCUGCCCUCCGGGCUGUUCGCAGUGUGUAGACGCUGAGCGCUGCACUCGGUGUCAGAGUGCUCGAAAAGCUCCGUUGUACCUGCAGGAUGGACGCUGUGUCCAACAGUGUGUCAGAGGGUAUGCGGUGGGUCAGGUGUGUCGCCGCUGUGCGGCGGGCUGUGCAUCCUGCUGGAGGAACACCACCCACUGUCUCAGCUGUGAUGAGUUUCUCCUCCUGCACCAGCACCGCUGUGUUGACGAGUGUCCGCCGGGCCUCUCCGUGCAGGACGGGGAGUGCCGGCGCUGCGCCCCAGCCUGCGAGGAUUGCAACCCGCUCGGACGGUGCACAGCCUGUGAGGAGUAUCACUUUCUCCAUGAGGACCAGUGUGUGCUCGAGUGUCCGGAGAGCUUCUUUGAGGACAAAGACGUGUGUGUGUGUGUGCCUUGCCAUCCUGAAUGUUCUCUAUGUGAUGGGCCAAACAACAACGACUGUGACGCUUGUGCAGACCCUGAUGCCGUCCUGCACAACGGGGCGUGUCUGGAUCCCUGCCCCUCCCACACCUAUAGAGACACCCUGACAGGAGAGUGUAAAGACUGUGAUGCCUCUUGCCUCACUUGCGUUGGGCCUCACACUGGCUCCUGCUCCAGCUGCAGAGAGGGUCACAAACUGGACAGCCGUGGUCAUUGUGAGCCGCCAAUAAACAAAUGCCCCAGUCAUCAUUACGCAGACCAGGAUGGGGAAUGCCAUCCUUGUCACAAAUACUGCCAGAGGUGCUCAGGUCCGAGUAAAAACAGCUGCCUGAGCUGCAACCAGGGGCACCUUCUUCUCAAUGGCACCUGCGUGGAUGAUUGCCCACCAGGCUACUACGAGGAUGAAAGGAUGCACAAAUGUGACACUUGCCAUGUUUCCUGUCAGUCGUGCAUUGGGAGACACAGUCACGAGUGUCUCGCCUGCAGGGCUCAUCUGUUUCGAGAGCAGAAAGAGUGCGUGGAGACCUGCCAGCACAGUCACUAUGGAAACACGGUGACGAUGAUGUGCGAGAGGUGUGACCCAAGUUGCGAUGAGUGUGUCGCCGGCGGGGAGGACAGCUGUCUGAGCUGUGCUCCGGGCCUCGUCUACUUACGGAGAGAAGGCCGUUGCUGGCCCUUGUGCCCCCAGGGAUAUUACCACGACGCUGUGCACAGGACAUGUGAGCCAUGUCACGCCAGCUGCAAAACAUGCGCAGGUAAAGACUCCCGCACGUGUGACUCAUGCCACCCUGGAUACCUGCUGUCACAGGGCAUGUGUGAGUCCCUGUGCGACAUAAACCAGUACCCUCUGAUCAAGGGUUUAAGCCACACCUGUGAAGACUGCGACAGCUCCUGUCUGGAGUGUCGGGGACCCGGACCAGCCAACUGCACCGUGUGUCCACCUCAGGCCAUUUUAGAAGCCGGGGGGCGCCGCUGUUUGCUGUGUUGUCGUUAUGAGGAAGAGAAAGAAGAAGAGGCAGCUUUGGAGAAGAUACUUACUGGUGGUCAGGUGCAACAUCAGGACUGUUGUAACUGCACUGAGACUCGAGGAGAGUGCAUCCUCAGCACCAACUUGGCUUUCAGGAACGAGGAGGAAGAGGAGGUCAGGGGUAACCUGGCCGUCUUCAUCACUGCCUCCAUUCUGCUGGUGCUCGGACUGGGAGCCGUCAUCUUCCUCAUCAGGCACUCCCGCUCCAAGAGCACCACCCCAGACAUUGCCCCGCGUGGCUACGAGAAGCUGGGCUCAGGUGGGGGGUACGGCGCCGGCAGCAGACGCGGCUACAGCUCUGCUUCCACUGCGUCUUACAGCGGCCACUCCAGCUCCUCCGGCAGCCGUUUCCAGGACUCCCGCCUAGGUGACAUCAGCGACCGCCGCUCAGAGAGGAAGAAUGACGAGGACGAUGAGGACGAGGAUGAGGACAUUGUUUACAUGGGUAAAGACGGCACUGUGUACAGGAAGUUCCGGUACGGACAGCUGGGAGAGGACAACGAGGACGAGCUGGAGUACGACGAUGAGAGCUACACGUUCCGAUGAAGCAUAAAUAAUAAUAAUAAUAAUAAUAAUAAAUCCAAGUUUCUCAAUGUGUCCUCUGCUGUCUCUGCUGCCCCGGAGGACAGAUCCAUUUAUCCUUCACUGAAUAUGACCAAAUGAGACAUGCAAACCUAUUUAUGAGUUCUACUGUGACCCAGUCACAAAAUGAAAUAAUGUGCAAAAAAUGAUCAUCCCUGUCGUUUCUUUUAUGCUUGAUUUAUUCAUAUUUUUUGACCUUCAUGUGCGCUACGCUUUCAUUCCCACAUAUAUAACAAUUGUGCUGUUGCAGUAGCAUUCUGAAUUUGCUUAAUCGUGUUAUUUUUGCUUUGCUCUCAUCUUGUUUGCUGCUUCAUAAAUUGAAAACACAUUUCUGUUGAAAUAAAGUCUUGCAAAAUGCA